AUGUCCUUCAGCGACCCCGCGUUUUCCUCGGACCCACGCUCCAAUCCUCACUUCUUCACCAUGAACGACCGCGAGGAGAUCUACCCGGCUAGCGUUGCGGAUAGCUCGGAAUACUCUCCCACCAUUGGCGACGAGGAGUCGGAGAUCGACCACGCCAACCUGCCUCCUCGCAUGCGAAUGCAGCUCGAAGCUCAGGAACUCCUCUCUGCUCAUGGCCGUUCGGCGUCGAUGCCCCAUACACUGUCAGCGCCUCCCCCACUAAACCUCACUCGAUCGAGCUCGACUAGGGCUAUUCCCGUCUCUCCCCCGAUAUCCCACACACCGCCCUCGGGAUCGCACCGCCGCGAGCCUGCUCGACUAGACCAUCUCCCGAUCGCCAGCACGAGUGCAUUCGAUCCAGAGGCCGCAGCGUACGCACACGCAGUCUUCGCUGCCCAAGACGAAUGGCAGCCUCCCCCUCCGUACUCCGACUCCGAGUCCGAUUGGUCGUCGAACCCCCAGACCCCCGCACGUACGCCCUCAUCCUCGGCCGUGUACCUUCCUCUCGAUGAAAAGAAAAUCAAGCCCGCAGACGAGAAGAGUCCCUCCCCGCGAUCUCAGCCAGUCUCUUCAGCGAGCGAGCAGGCGGCAGUGGUGGCGUCGCAAGCCAGGAAGCUCGCCGCUCUCGGUGAACUCCCGCCUUCCCCGGCCAGGCCGUCGAUCAGUGCCCGGAAUGCUUCGGCCCCGGAGCUCAGAGCCUUGCCGACGGAGGUUGAAGUACCCCCUCGUCCAGCAACCGUGCCCGCACCUGCACCCUCUCCGGAAGAGGCUUCAGCACCACUACCCAUGGGUCGCCGCCAGGCGAGCAAGAACCAGAGCAUUGCAACCCCUCCGCGCGAUCUGGACCGCAUCGAUGAGCUCGAUGAGUCCGACCCCCUUGGCUUCGCAUGGCACCACAAUGGUCCGUACGAGGCUAUCGCGAAAGCAGGCCAGGGUGCUCCUGGUAGCGAAGACCACGCGGCUCAUAAAUCCAGGACUAAGCGCAAGUCUCCAGCGAGCCAUAACCAGCCUCCCACGAGCGUGAAGCCAGGACAGAUUUUCCCUUUUACUUCCCAGUUCCAGACUCCGGGGCCCAGUGAUAUGAGUUACAUGAGACCAUUUGCUCCUGACAUGCCCCCACCCGACAACUUCUCUGUCACCUCUCCGCCGCGUAGCCCCCUUGCCCUCCCUGUUCAACGGCGCUUGCCCCCCAUGGUCGCCGAUCCUGGAGUGUACAGCAACAUCCACAUGGCAGGAUUACGCCCCGAUCCCCCAGCAGUUCCUCUCACGCACAGACUCGACAUCAGUCUCUUCAAUGGGAACGAAAGUCGCCAUGUGGUGCCUCCCCCCACCAGUCGCUCUUCCCCUCCGCAAUCGUACCUUUCCACUAACCCUUACACUCACGAAACUUCCACCUUCUCCCAACCUUCGGGUUAUCCUCGCGAGGCGGCUUCGCAGAGUCAACGGCCUGCAUCAAUCGCACCACCUCGUCGCGACCUCCCUCCCGCCAGUAUGGCGCCUCGGCCCGAUAUCACCCUCCCUCCCACUCGUUCUGGAAAGCAGUCAGCCCUCCGGCCAAGUCAUGUCCCGCAGAAGCUGGUCAUGCCCGCUCCGCUGCAACAGAACCCGCCAUCACGGCCUGCGCACCCCCCUUCAGGUCCAGCGCAUGUCGAAAUACUUAACCAGCGUCAUCUCUCCGUCCCACCGACAAUUCCCUCCCCGUCGUCCUCGGGCAGCGCGUCUUCAGCGCAGCAUCACCAGACGAGCAGAGCCAAGGACAUUCCCAUGAGCCAUGGCCCGAAGGUACUCAAAAAGCGUCACACCAUGGGCGUCCCCCAGCCGCGCUCUGAAGUCCCCUCAUCGAGUGCCGUGGCCGCGAUGUUCGCCUCCCGCGUGCAUUUCGAGGAACCCAAGGAGGAUCGGCGGAAACGCGAGAAAGAGGGAAAGCAGGCGAAGGAGAAAGGCGUUUCGAAGGUUGUUCCGCUGGACGGUGCGUUCUUCAUCGAUCCAGUGAAGGAGGCGGAAAUCGCGCGUCAGCGCGAUGCUGCCCGGAAGAGCAGCGAGAAGGCUGCUGGCCGCAAGCUAAGCAAACGUCGGUAG